UCUGAACCAAUAACUAUAAACGUGGACAUUUCUAUUGUAGCAUGAUCAUUGUCUGCUUUACAUGAACGCUGAGAGAGCCAUCCCCCAGAUGUAAUACAUUAGAAUGCAUGCUCCUUCUUGGGCUGAAAAACAAACCAAUGAAGUUCCUCUGUUGUGUGUGUCUCAAGUCAGAGAGGACAACUCCUCAGAGGAUAAUGGAGGCUCCUGGAAGAAGGACCUUUGUCGCUCUGUGUUUCUACACUGCACUACUUACUCUCUCAGAAGUAAACUCAGAGUUCGUCCACGUUCCGUCCGUGCUCAAUGGCGUCAAAGGGAAGUCCCUCCUCCUCUCCGUGGAGACUCACUUUCAAAAUGAGGAUGUUGAGAUCCAGGGCAGCUGGUACCAGACCCGGCCGGGGGGCCCCAAAACCCUCCUGGUGACCUUCCACAACCACACAGCCAUCAUGGUGGCAUCCAUGAGACACAGGAACCGCUUCUUUUUCCAGCCCCCCAACGCCUCUCUCCUGAUCCCCAGGCUGGACGAGGCGGCGGAGGGGGACUAUCACCUGGACCUGGAUAUUCACUUCCCCCAGAGACAGGAGCUCGUCAGAGUCGAGAGGACCAUCCAUGUCACUGUAGAUGUACCCGUGUCCACUCCUGUUAUCAGGAAGACCCCAUCUUCUACAGUUGUUGAGGACAAGGAGAACGUGACGUGGACCUGCUGGGUGGAGAACGGGACCAGGGUUCAGUACCAGUGGCUGAGGAACAACAUGCCCCUAGAUGCUAGUGAUCGCCAUCAGUUCUCACAGGAUAACUCUACUCUGGUGAUAAAUCCUGUGAGGAAGAAGGACAUUGGACAGUACCGCUGCCUGGCCAGGAACCACAUCAGCCAGAGACAGAGCCACACCCUGGACCUUAAUGUAUUCUAUGGUCCUUACAACCUGGCUGUAAAGUCUGACCAUGGCCUGAGGACCGGGGAGGUCUUCACAGUGAACCCUGGUGAGCUGGUGUUCUUCGACUGUCAGGCCGACUCCAACCCUCCCAACAGCUGUAUGUGGAUCUCUAAGACCAACAACGCCACUGAGGUCAUCACUGUGGGACUGCGCCUGGAGGUCACCUCAUACAAGCUGGCCCAGGCCGAGGAGUUCCUGUGCAGGGCGUAUAACAAUGUGACCCAGAAGCAGGAUGAGACCCAGUUCACCCUGGUGGUGGCCAGCCUGGGGACAGGAAAGGAGAGAUAUGUCCAGGAGAGCAACUCAUUCUCUCCUCUGGCUGCCAUCACUCUGUCCUGUCUGUUCAUUACUGGCUGUAUGUUACUGGUCUACUUCAUAAAGACCUGUCAUCAUCCCAAGAGAGUUCUCAUGAACAUCUAUAACAGACCUUUGACUGAACCGAAGCGCCCACACUGUUCAGGUCAUGAGGAUGCAACUGAAGACUUUGGCAUCUAUGAGUUUGUCUCUAUACCUGGGAAAAUGGAAUCUACACAGGCAUCAAGCAGAUCUCUGGCACACCUAGAGUCUGUCCAGGAUUUGCAUACCACCAUCUAUGAUGUCAUUCGGCACAUCCCUGAAACUCCCACCCUGGCUAACCAAAGUCUGCUGUUGAAGCAGUGUGAAGCCUAACUAAGAGACCAGAAUAUUAUUAAAGAUACUUUCUGAGUCCCCAAGUGGAACCAUAUUCUCUGUAUAAUGCACUAUUUUUGACCAAAGCCCUAUUUCUAGAUAGGGAAUAGGGUGCCAUUUGGGACACAGUAAACAUUGUGUAAAUGAACUCCAGUGAGGUUUUCCUCCUGACAAGUGUACAUACCUUCACCAAAGUCCCAAUCACUUCUCUGAAAUCCCAUGGACAUUAUUAAUCAAUGGAUGAAUCCAAAGAGCUUUAAUGUGUGAAUAAGAUAUACUGUAUUUUUCUCUUGUGCUAUUUCAAGCUCUCUCUCUCUGGAAGUGGGCAAGUGGGCAAGUAUGAAUGAAUUAUCACAUUGCAAGCGAGAUACUGUCUGAUGGCUGUGUUGUCAAACAUAAUUUUUUAGCAUGUAAAUACAUCUAUUCUACAGUGCAUGCUAUUACUUUCUUUUUCUUCAAGAAAUUACAUUUUGUUUUACUGAAUAAGUCCUAUUUAUUUCCAAGUAAACGGAUGAUGGUCCUCUCUUUCUGAUGUAGCAUUUUUUAUCUUGACAUUGUCAAAUACACUCCAUCGGAGGUUGAAAUGCCAGGUGUGCUGUUGCCUGUCUGCAAAGUAUCGUACAGUUUCCUGAUACAGAUAUGUGCUUUUUGGAUUUUAAUAAAGAUUUAUAACAAUUUGA